AUGGCAGGUUCUUCCAAGCCUCCACUUAAUUGCACUCCGCGGCCGCGCGCGGCUGGCGGCUCUGAGGGCGCCGCACGGCCGAGGACCCGGGGGACGCCGACCCGCCGACCCACGCGCCGGGGGCGUGGCGAGGUAGGCCCGAGGCCCCGCCGGCCGCUCCCGGGCACAGGUGUGCGGGCCCGGCCUCGCCGCCUGUCUCCCCACGCCGGUCCUUGCCUUUUGCUCGAAGUGGAUGGUACCCUGCACCGGGCCGUCGCCCUUCAGCACGCACACGGCCUUCAUCACCAUGACUCGCGGGGACGCGCUCCGGUCCGCUGCGAAGGCCACACGAAAAGCGGGAAACACUGCACAAGAUGCCGACGCAAACAGACGACGCAGCACCACGCCGCGCCGGGGAACCUUUAUAUGCCGGGCCGCCGCACCCCGCCCACCCUGGCCCGGAACCAAUCGCCGCCCGCGCUCUCAGCCCGCUCCCCACGGGACGCGAGUGGCCGGGAAUCACGGGGGGCGGGGCCAAAGGGCCGUUUGAGGUGCCUUGUCCUCCGCGCUGCCGGCUCCCUCCGCCCGGCGCCCUUAAAACGCCCAGAAACCUGGAACGGCGGAAAAAACCAGUCCUUCUCCUCCAAAGGGUGUAGUCCGUGGAUUGCAGUACACGAAAUAAGGAAAAUGAGACUGGCUGUUGCUGUCCGUUUCCCAGUCCUGCUGUUCAGCCGAGUGGGAUUCUUCUUCAUGCCAGUCACGCGGGUGCAGAGGCUGGACUCUUCCUCCAAGGUCAUGAGCAGGUGGGAGAAGUUAACUACGUGAUGACCAGACUGUAGCCACGACGUAAGCUGCCACAAUUCCAAGAACUGGCCUCAAGGAAAUGAGAACAAACCGACCCUGGAACUGAAGAUUAACUGUACUUAAAACAAUCAGAAUGAUGCUGGUCAGACCACCAAUUACCAAUUUCAAGAUGACCGUCAGAGCUGACUGUGCUGUUUCUGCACGUAGCCCUCUCCCUCCGUCUAUGAAAGCUCUUGCCUCCUGAUUGUCAUUUGUAGGGGGAGUUGGCCUUUGGACAGGAGUCCGUCCCACCCCUGUU